AUUUUCUAACUAUUGUUGCACACUCACAGUCAUUGAAUAAACAAUCGAACAAAGUACAUUUGGAGCAAUGGAUUACGAAGACGAUUUUAGUUGGCGAGAUUUAGACUAUGAUGCCGAUCCACAAGAACAUCAAGAGCAUCAGAAUUUGCUAGUGGUACGUUUUCUCAUUGAAAACGGGUAUAUCCCGGACCAAUAUGAUGGAGCUCCACCGCCGGCAAGUAAAGAAGUUGUUAAAAAUUUGGAAGAACGUAAAGUGCAAAUCAAUCGAACAGGUGCGGAAAAGAGUCCCGAAAAAUGUGUAAUUUGCUUGAAGUUAGAUGCCACCGAACCAGACGACGACGAAGAAAACAUCACAAAUCAAAUCGAUAAGGACGCUUGCAAUGAAAAGAUAUUUAAAGUGAUGCCAUGUGGACAUGCAUUCCACAGUGAAUGUCUUUUGCCAUGGUUGGAGAAAACAAAUUCGUGUCCCAUGUGUCGUUAUGAAUUGAAAACCGAUGAUGCGAACUAUGAAAGACUCCGCGCUGAACGGCAACGGGCACAACAACGAGAAAAAGAUAUAGAAACACUCCAUAAUUCAAUGUUUGGUUAGACGAAAUCAAUGAUUGACCAUAAAAUCAUGUUAUAAUUUAAGGUUUUACACAUAACAUAAAUUAAUUUUAAUGAAAAAUAAAGUAUGGGGCGAAUUAGUUAAAACGA